GCGGCCGUGGUUUGCUUGCGUCAACUCUUUCCAUUUCAUCAUCGUGGCACACCUCGUCGCAGAGAAGGGCAGAUACACCUUGGCGAGAUAACCACGGACCCUUCCAGUUGUACCUCUCGUUUCUGCCUCUGAUUGAAUAUAAAAAGGGCCAUGUCUUUGCCAACAAUACCAGACUCACCUUCAUCAACACACUCGAUCGAAGCUUCCUCUCAAACAUCAAUCACUAUGCCUUCCAACACAUCAUCGUCAAAGUCUUCGGGCAGCAAGACGCCCUCUUCAAAUGUCUCUGGCGGCAAGCCUCCUGUCUCUAGCUCAAAGCCAGCAAUACACAACUACGGUCCUGGCGUCAAGUACGGUCCCCCUGAGCCAUCAUCUCGCGAUGCCCUCAAUGCUCGUAAAUGGCGAUGA